AUGCGUUUCUCAAUCCUUCUGGCCAUCAUUCCCCUGGCUGCUGCCGCCGCCUUGGAAGCCCGCUUCGAGAGCAACGAAGACUUGGAAGCCCGCGGAACCGAGGGACAGUAUCAAGAGGCUAUCAAUGAGUGCAAUGCCGCUAGGGCAAAAUGCUACAUGAAUAGCUACGAAAACUCGGAAUUCGCCACAUGCAUUGAAGAGUGGCAGGUCUGCAUCGACUCUUCGAGCGAGGACUCGCCUUACUGCUGCAAAUACCCUGACGGAAAUGACCUUCCCGGGUUUGACAGUCAUAACUAG